AUUCACCACAGCAAAUCGUUGUUAAGAAGAAGCUUUUAAGACCAAACUGCAGCUAACUUACUUCGGCGAGCCGCCAUUGUUGUCACUACUAGACGCGUUAGCAGCUUCGUUUCUCUUGUUUAACAGUGAUACACUACGCAAUAUCUUGAAGCGUUAAGUAAGUAUACUACCGUUGUAAGACUUUACGCUUAAGCAAAGGACGCAUUAGCCAUGAGGCCACCGCUGCGGGGCGGUCGUGGUCGGGACGGCGGUGGUCGCGGUGGGUUUGGCGGUCGAGGAGGAGGCCGUGGCUUUGGUGGCCGUGGAGGCGGACGUUUCGGAGGCGGCUAUGCGGAUGCUGGGCCGCCGGAGGCUGUCGUCGAAGCGGGCGAGUUCACCCAUGCUUGCGAAGGCGAAGCUGUUGUGAAGUUGACAAACGAGAAGAUUCCCUACUUCAACGCGCCCAUCUUCCUUGAGAACAAGACGCAAAUUGGGAAGGUGGAGGAAAUCUUUGGACCCAUUAACAAAGUGUACUUUACAGUUAAGAUGUCGGAGGGCGUGGUUGCCACCUCCUACAAGGCGGGAGACAAGUUCUACAUCGACACCAUGAAGCUGCUGCCCCUGGAGCGCUUCCUGCCCAAGCCAAAGGGCGCACCCUCGGCAGGCGGACGCGGAGGCGGCCGUGGCGGCGGCCGGGGCGGGCGUGAUGGCGGCCGUGGAGGCUUUGGCGGGCGGGGUGGCUUCGGCGGCCGGGGCGGUUUCGGCGGCCGUGACGGCGGUCGGGGCGGGGGCUUCGGUGGCCGGGGCGGCAGCUUCGGCGGCCGGGGUGGCGGCCGCGGUGGGUUUGGCGGCCGGGGGCGUGGCCGGUCAUAAGCUCUGCGGCUAGCGGGCUUGGACCCGGGGCAACAUGCUUGCUGCUCGGGGCGUUGUAUCUCAGGAUGUAGAUGCCAUGACUAGAGAAAGAGACAUGGGACGAUUGUGACUUAGAAGGGUAGUGGGUGGCUGCGGAGGGGCCGGGAUUCGUUUGCGGGUGGGCUAGGGGUGAGCCCAGGCCGCGUAGGAGUAACAACACUGCACAGAGGUUGAUUCGGGGCUGCGCGCGGUGCCAGAAAACUGGGGUGAGGGGGGUCCCAGGGAUUUGGGGUUUGGGGGAAGGCUUGCAUCCCCUGGUGGGGAUUCUAACUGGCGCAAUGACGUUGUUGUCUAUGACGUCCGAUUAAUGCAACUGUUGAAUAGCACGUUCAGACAUGUAUAAUGCGCGGGCUGUGUCGUGACACUGCUGGGGUGGGUCCCGUACGUGCAGAGGGCACGGCUGCGGCAAGGGAAAUAGAUUAGCUCUUCCGCCAUUGACGUUGGCGAAGCGCCUGUGCGCGCGUUGGAACGCUACUGAUGGGACAAGUUGAGCAUCGGCCGUACUUUGACGCUAUCGGCGAUUGACUCCGGGCCGCAACCCGCUCCCCGAAAUGCGCCAGGGGGGAAGGCUUACCAGUUACACACGGCGGGGGUAAAGAAGGGAGGCUAGCUUUUAGCGGUUUGUUGGGCGCUUUGAGGGAUAUGUGCACUCGAGACACUGUCUGUGCACGGCUGGCUAUUGGGAUCCCGCUGCACAGAGGAAAGAGGAAGGGACGUGGCGUCGCUGUUUGAGCGGCAUUUUUUGUUUGCGGCACACCUUACGGGCCAUGUGGGUGGGUCCCGUGCAGUUGCUACUUGUAAAGAUAUGGCUCGGGGUCUCGCUUACUUGUGUUGCAUGCACCUUUGCAUGUGGGUAUGUAGUCCUGAUUGCUCAAAAGUCAUGAACAAGAGUGUGCAAAGUUGUUGAAAGCGGCCAAUCAACAACCGCAACCGUUACAAGUGUACGGACGGUGACGGUGAGUGUGUGGGAUGCCAUCAUCAACGUCAGCCUCAGAGCGCACGGGGUCCUGUAAUCGCUAGACGUACUCG